AUGGCCGAAGCGAACGAGAAUGAGAUGGAUAUCUCUUACGACCACGCAGGUUACGUCGCCGCAAUUAGGGAAGAGUUGGCCAAUAGACUGAGUCAAUCAGGCACUGUUGUCGCCAGAUUUCAAGUUGAUGUGCUCCCUGAGCCGCGUAUCGAGGUGAUUUCUGCAAGGAGGUUGUCGUCCGAUAUACAUUGCUCGACUCCGUCUUGCAUGAUUGGCUAUCACGAUCAGAUGUCUGUCUCCACGACCCAUAGCACAGAUGUUGGCAUUUCUGUUGAGGCCAGUUCGGCGCCAUUCGGGAUAGGCGUGACAUUUACAGCUUCAGCUAGCUAUGGAUCCAGCGUCAUCAACGAGGAGUUGACGACCUUCUGCUACGGAUUCGACAUUGAAGAGGGCGAUCCAGGCGGCGAGUCCGGACGCCACGAGGCACAGGCCCCUCAUGGAGCCUUUACGCUCUACAGGAGGGCCUCUCAAAAUAUGACACUGGAUCUACUGGAUCUGCAGUCAGCUGCGCCAAUGACAAGCGCGGAUGUGCGUCAGGAUCAGGAACAAAAGUUAACUACCGAGCUAGAUCAAGUGUAA